GCCGGCGUCCCCGCCCUCACACUCGCGCACACUCGCGCUCGGGCGCACACCGAGCAGGCACCGGCGCCCGGAGCGAGCCAGCGAGCCAGCGAGCAGCGAGCCGACGACCCGUCGGGCUGAGCCGGCCGAGCAGUGAGCGAGUCGAGCCCGUGACGACCCUACGCCCCUCGCGCCCCGUAGCUGCCCCCAGCCGGCUGGUGUCCCCGCCGCCCUCCCUGACCCAUGGCGCUGAAGAGGAUUCAGAAAGAAUUAAGUGAUCUACAACGGGACCCACCUGCUCAUUGUUCAGCUGGACCUGUGGGAGAUGACUUGUUCCACUGGCAAGCAACUAUUAUGGGACCUCCUGAUAGCGCCUAUCAAGGUGGAGUCUUCUUUCUCACUGUACAUUUUCCAACAGACUAUCCUUUUAAGCCACCAAAGAUUGCUUUCACAACAAAAAUUUACCAUCCAAACAUAAACAGUAAUGGAAGUAUUUGUCUUGAUAUCCUGAGGUCACAAUGGUCACCAGCUCUGACUGUAUCAAAAGUUUUAUUGUCCAUAUGUUCUCUACUUUGUGAUCCUAAUCCAGAUGACCCCUUAGUACCAGAUAUUGCACAAAUCUAUAAAUCAGACAAAGAAAAAUACAACAGACAUGCAAGAGAAUGGACUCAGAAAUAUGCAAUGUAAAAUCAAAAAAAAUUUUUCAUAUAUACCAGAGUACUGUAAAAUCUAGGUUUUUUUCAACAUUAGCAGUAAAUUGAGCACUGUUUACUGUUUCAUUGUACCAUGAAAUCCUUUGAAUUUUACCCACUUUACAUGUAUUUCUGAAGCAAGACAAAACAAACUUCCAAAAAUACCCUUAAGACUGUGAUGAGAGCAUUUGUCAUUUUGUAUGCAUUAAGAAAGACAUUUAUUAUGGUUUUUAAGAUACGUGGACAUCUGCAUCUUCAGCUUACAAGAUCUGCAAUGCAUCUGAAAAACAACCAAAUUAUUUUUUGCUGAAACUAGAUGUUUUUACAUGAGAAAUACUGUACGUGUUGUCUAAGAUGUCAUCAGUUUUAUAAAUCUGUAUUCAGAUUUCAUUCUUUGUUAGCUCACUUUAUAAUUUGUAUUUUUUUACUGUAUAGACUAAAUAUAUUCUAUUUACAUGUAUGUCAACUCAUUACCUUUUCCCUGUGAACAGUAUUGAAAAAACCCAACAGCUGGUAAUUAAAUGAAUUAACUGUCUGUCUCCCUUGUCUUAGGGUAUUCUGUAGAUUGAUUACAGAUUUCUUAAACCUGAAAGGAUCUUUACACUGUAAUUCUCGGUAUCCUGAUUAUGGAGAAACACUUGUUUUGAUUUUGUUAUACUUGACUUAACUUUAUUGCAAUGUGAAUUAAUUGCACUGCUACGUAGGAAGAUGUGUAACUUUUAUUUGUUGCUAUUCACAUUUGAAUUUUUUUCUGUAUAGGCAAUAUAUUGACACCUUUUACAGAUAUUAAUGUAGCUUUUUCCAUAUAAAUAAAAUGCUUUUUCUACUA